CGGAUGCCGAUUUCCCACCCACCAAAUUCCCCAAUUCCGCCGCUCCCUCCCAAUCACCUUCUUUUCUCUUCUUCUUUCUUUCCCGUCGUUCAUUCCCUGUAAAGCAGUGAGGAAAAGAGGGGAGAAAAAACCCAUCAAAAAGUUCCCACCUUUUUCUCCAGCAGCAUUUUGAAACCCCCGCAAAACGACGAACCAAUCCCUCCCCUGCUUGCUCAGAAAAGCGCGUGAAAAUGGUGAUCCACUAGUUGAGUACAAACCAUCCAUCAUCGUCACCACCUCCCCCACCCUAUUGCUGUUUGCUUGAGCUUAGCGCUGCUAUUAUUAGGAGACUACUGCUAUCAUUCGGUUUCUUCUGACACUCUCUGCAAGAAGAAACCAACCGUAUUUCGAGAAAUUAGCUCUGGCAGUGGCUGUAUUCUUGUCUCUUUCUUCUCCCCUCUUAUAUUCAGUGACCGAAUCACCCGCAAAGUUGAAUACUAGUACUACCCUUUUGAUUUGGGAAACGAUUGGGUGGCGAUUUGCUGCAGGGGGUUUGCUCUUUUCCCCACUCUUCCUUUUUGCUUGUUUUGUAUCGGUAGCGUGACCUUUCGCGGCUGUUUUGGCUUCUUGAGUUGAGCAAAUUAUUCUCUGUUUCUUGACUCGAAAUGGAUCUCUGCCGACGAUGGUGAUGAUGGUGUCUGAUUUUGAAAUUUGAAGUGGCUGCUACAAGUUAAGGCUCGUUUUUGGUACUGCCGAGAUUGAUUGCAGAAGAAUCAGUACAAAGUACUCUGUUUUCUUCUUACUGGGUUCUCUGUUUGCUUGCCCGGAAAAAUAAAGUUUGGGAGCAAGGAGAUUUUGAUUCAUUCGGUAUCCUGUUUGUCAUUCCCUUUGUUCCAUCUCCUCUGCAAUAAAGAAGAAUUUUUCGCAUCUUUUCCCUGUUCUGGUCCAAUGUCGCUACUAAUCCGAGCUCACGCCCUCCAUUCAACCCCGAAAAUGGGGAAAACCAGCCCGCCGAACCGAGACUGGACGCAGAUCUAUGCAAUCUACGGAAUGGAUCAAUGGCACACUCUGCUCUUUCUCUUGUUCCACGCCUUCCUCUUCUCCUUGUUAUCCCUCCUCUUCCUCCUCUACUUUGACCCCUUCUGCAGCUUCCUGGAACAAACUUUCCCUCUCUUCUUCGCCGCCGGCGGCGGCGCCGCCCGCUUCGCCGCAGGAUUCACCGGCUGCGUGGCCGCCCUCUCCUCCGUCUGCCUCUUCAUCGCCGCCGGCAACUUCUUCUACAGCUCGGUCGCAUUACAGCACGAGAUGGCGCAGAGGAUCGUCGGCCACGUCAGCGACUGGUCGUCGGUCAAGCUAGCCCUCGACGUCGGUUGCGGCCGCGGGAUUCUGCUCAACUCCGUGGCGACCCAGCUGAAGAAAACCGGCAGCUCUGGCCGGGUCGUUGGGUUGGACCGGUCCAAACGGACCACCCUCUCCACCCUCCGUACCGCCAACAUGGAAGGUGUGGGGGAAUACGUGACGUGUCGGGAAGGAGACGUGAGGAGCCUGCCGUUUGGGGACAACUGCUUCGACGUGGUGGUCUCGGCGGUGUUCCUCCACACGGUGGGGAAGGAGUACGGUCACCGAACGGUGGAGGCGGCGGCGGAGCGGAUGCGGGUCCUAGGGGAGAUGGGUCGGGUAUUGAAACCGGGUGGGACGGGGGUGGUGUGGGACCUACAUCACGUGCCCGAGUACGUGAGGCGGCUGCAGGAGCUGAGGAUGGAGGAUAUUCGGGUCUCGGAGCGGGUCACGGCGUUCAUGGUCAGUAGCCACAUCGUUUCGUUCAGGAAGCCGAGUCAGCAACACGUGGCGGGCUUGGGUGAGGUCCGACUCGACUGGAGAUUUUUCAAUUAAUUAAUGUUUAAGGUAUUAUUAUUUAUAAUCAAAAUUUGUGUUUAAAUUCUACUAAUUAGCAGCUGUUAUUAGUCAACGGUAGUAGACUAAGUGAAUAUUAAUACGUUAAAAAGGGUAAGAGGAACUAGAUCUGGGGAGACGAAGCCGAUCCAGAUGCUUGUGUUUAAGAAGAUUAGAUAUCACUAUACGUUAUCUAAUGUAUUGAUGAUUAUCAAUGAAAGAGAGCAUUGAUGAUUGAUUAAAUGUGUUAAUCUUGAUUAAUAUGUUUAAUGUAUGCAUUUUUCUGGUGGUGGGUGUUAUUCAAUAUUGUAGCCUACGUUGAGGAAUCUAUGCUUAGCUUUGAAGAUGGUAGGUGUAGGUCUUGAUGGCAUACCUUGUUAGAUUUGAUUGAUUUGGAAUUUGAUGUAAUAUAAGAGUG